AGUUUCACGUUAUGGAAGCAAUUAUCCAAGCAUUGACCUAGCAAAAACUAAUCCUAUUUAGUGCCGGGUCAGCUGGUUCUUCUUUCUUCUCCACCUACAUCAUAAUAAUGUCAAAUAAUCAAUAUUAUUAAAAACUAUGCAAUUUCUCUCCCACAUAAACAUAAAACAAAGACAAUAAACAAACCAAACACGCACACACACAUACAAUUCUCCAACAUGCGAGGAGGUUUCUUCUUCUUCCUCUUCUUCUUGUUCAUCACAAUCUCAACCUCUACAGUCACAGACACGUUAACCUCAACACAAAUUCUCAGAACAAAUCACACCCUUGAAUCUCUUCAAGGAUCAUUCGUUCUUGGUUUCAUCUCACGAACAUCUUCCAACAUUUAUUUAGCCAUACGGUACAAAAACAUCCCAGACACUGUUGUUUGGGUUGCAAAUAGAGACAACCCUCUUCAAAAUUCAACCGACAGCUUCCUCAAAAUCACUAACGAUGGAAACAUAGCACUUCUCAAUUCAUCGACAGCUUCAAACAACCUCGUUUGGUCUUCGAAUUCUUUGAAUCAAACAAAUGCUAAAAACCAGGUUCUUGUUCUUCAGCUAUUAGAUACUGGAAAUUUAGUUCUCAGAGAAAUAAACGUGAAUGAUCCAACAAAAUAUCUAUGGCAAAGCUUCGAUCACCCGACAGAUACUUUGUUACCAAACAUGACCAUGGGUUGGAAUUUCGACAAAAAAACUGAAAAGCACUUAACUUCAUGGAAGAUCACAGGUGAAGAUCCUUCCUCAGGUGAUUAUUCACUCAAAGUUGAUUAUCAUGGUCUACCAGAAUUUUUCCUGCGGAAUGAUGAUAGGGAUACUAUAAUAUUCCGAACUGGACCUUGGAAUGGUGAAAGAUUCAGCGGUGUACCAGAUAUGCAACGUGAGAUAGAUUCAAUAGUUUUCAGUUUCUCAUUGAACGAACACGGUGUGAACUACUCGUUUUCGAUUAGGAAUAAAUCGAUUUUUUCGAGACUUGUAGUGAAUUCUGAUGGUCAACUUCAACGUCUAACUUGGGUUCAGAGUAGCAAAACAUGGACAAAGUUUUGGUACGCGCCGAGAGAUCCAUGUGAUAAUUACAAAGAAUGUGGUCCUUACGGUGUAUGUGAUUCCAACGCUUCGCCGGUUUGUGAAUGCAUGAAAGGGUUUAGUCCUAAGAAUGAACAAGCUUGGAAAUUGAGAGAUGGGUCUGAUGGAUGUGUGAGGAACACGAAAUUGGAUUGUAAGAGUGAUAAGUUUUAUCAUAUGGAGAAAGUGAAGUUGCCUGAGACAACCUCAGUGUUUGUGAACACGACAAUGGAAAUUGGUGAAUGUGGUGAAUUGUGUCAUGGGAAUUGUUCAUGUACUGGUUAUGCAAAUGUUUAUAUAAGUAAUGGAGGAAGUGGUUGUGUUAUGUGGAUUGGAGAACUCAAUGAUAUAAGAAAUUUUUCUGAUGGUGGACAAGAUCUUUUUGUUAGAUUAGCAGCUUCUGAACUACUAGAUAACUCAACUUCUACCAGAGGCUCUCACAAGAAAAACCCUAAAGCUGUGAUUAUAGGAAUCACAAUUUCUAUUGUUGUUAUAGUUUUGGGAUUGUGUAUCCUUUUAUGUAAGAGGAAAUUGCUAAGUCAUAGAAUUAGAAAUGCAGACGACAUGGAUGAACUAGACUUGCCAAUAUUUGAUUUUAAUACCAUAAUAAUAGCUACAAAUAACUUCUUGGAAGCAAAUAAACUUGGACAUGGAGGCUUUGGUAGUGUUUAUAAGGGAAGGUUGGCUGAAGGGCAAGAAAUAGCUGUCAAGAGGUUAUCAGAAACUUCAGGGCAAGGAAAUGAAGAAUUUAAGAAUGAGGUCAAGUUAAUUGCCAAGCUUCAACAUCGAAACCUUGUUCGGCUUUUAGGUUGUUGCAUUGACAAGGAAGAGAAGCUUCUUGUGUAUGAGUAUAUGGAAAAUAGAAGUCUUGAUUCAAUUUUGUUUGACAAAGCUAGAAAACACUUAUUGGAUUGGAAAAAACGAUUCUACGUUAUAUGCGGAAUCGCUAGAGGGCUUCAUUACUUGCAUCACGAUUCAAGGCUGAGAAUUAUCCAUAGGGAUAUCAAGGCAAGCAACAUUCUACUUGACGCCGAAAUGAAUCCAAAAAUAUCAGAUUUUGGAAUGGCUAGAAUAUUUGCCCAUGAGCAAACAGAGGCAAACACUUUACGUGUAGUCGGAACAUACGGUUAUAUGUCUCCUGAAUAUGCUAUGGACGGAAACUUCUCAGUUAAAUCAGAUGUUUUUAGCUUUGGAGUUAUUGUGCUAGAGACCAUAAGUGGAAAGAAAAAUAAAGGAUUUUACUACACAGACGAUGAUAUGAAUCUUCUAAAGAAUGCAUGGGGACAAUGGAGAGAAGGAAAUGCAUUGGAACUCAUUGAUUCGUCGAUUGGCGAUUCAUAUACAAAAUCUGAAGUUCUUAGAUGCAUACAUGUUGGGCUAUUGUGUGUCCAAGAACGCGCCGAAGAUAGGCCAACAAUGCCUUUAGUGCUUUUGAUGCUUGGAAGUGAAAAUGCACUAAAGCCAGAACCUAGAAGUCCGGGGUUUUCUCUUGGAAGAUCAAAGAAUCCUCCAGAGACUAAGUCGUCUUCAAGUAAGCAAGAUGAAACACAGAGUGUGAACCAAGUCACAGUCACAUUACUUGAUGCUAGGUAGUAAAAAAAUAUGACAUCAUCUUGAUCUAACAUAUUUGUAUAGUCCUAGAAAGUCAUAAACAUAAUUUUUUUCUGUAAAUGGAAUUUAGUAGGAGUUGCAAAUUUGGUUUUUUAAAGAGUUUAAUUUUGACGUGUUUGUAUCUUCUAUGCAUCACUUUAUU